AAGUAUUAGCUGUCGGAGCAGACAUUAUACUGCUGCUUCAAUAAGCGUUGCAUGUUUUUGACUAGAUGUUUAUGUUGAAUAUACUUGUAUUAUAGUUAUAUAAUCAUAAACGUAAGUGUGCUAUUGCUGUCUGCUGUAAGACUGUCUCUCCCAGUUAGCACGACCAGAAGGAAGUGUAUAUCGAAACUAAAUCAUGCUAAAGCCUUUAACCCACUUAAAUUAAAAUAAAUGCUGCCGAACAAAGUGGGCAAACAGCUGGGUCACCCCACGUAUUCUUUAACUGGAUGGUUGGUGACCAAGUUCUUUAAAUGGCACAAUCAGAUUUUGGAGGAGAAUGCGGUGAAACUGAGCAACAUUCAACCCAAAGACACGGUGCUGGAGCUCGGCCACGGGCCGGGCUUCGGUCUGCAGGCGGCGGCGCAGCUCCUCACGGCUCCGGAGGGGAAACUGCUCGGUGUGGAUUACUCUCAAUACAUGCAUGAGAUGGCCAGUAAGCGCAUGAAGGAGCAGAUCUCCAGAGGAAAGGCUGUGUUGUAUUACAGUGAUUUGGUGGCCAUGCCGAUAGAGGAAAACACGGUUGACAAGGUGUUUCACUGCAACUGCUAUUACUUCUGGCCGGAUCUGAAAGCAGGCGCGAGAGCCAUUCACAGAGUGAUGAAACCAGGUGGAACUAUGGUUACAGCUCUCAGGCUAGAUAGUGUUAAAAAAGUAGCCUCGAAGAACAUGUUUAGCGGGGAGAGCUGGCGUCCUGAGGUCUACAUGGAAGCACUGCAGUCCUCCGGAUUCACAGAUGUCCGAAUGGAGAAUAAAAGAGAGAAACUCAUCACAUUUCAAGCUAUUUUUGCCACUGCUGUGAAAUAAAUUCCUGUGUAAUGUAAUAUAUGCCCUUCCACACUUUUUAUGAUUGAAUCUGAAUUAGAUAAAUCCAACAAGAAGAAAUAUUGCCAAUGACUGACAUUAUACAUUAUAUCUAUAUGAGGUGCAAACAUUUCUCAAACAGUAACAAAAAUUGCCUACAAAACCAUUGUUUUGACCAACAUAAGGUAUUAUGGAAAAUUUAA